CGCCCCUACUAGCGCCCCCGCCGUGGUUCAUUAAUAUUAAUGAAAUCCCGCCCAAUCAGGUGGGGCAGCGGCGGCAGCGCUUUGGUGACGUGUGGCCCCUCCUUGCGGCGGGGUUCAUUUGCAUAUUCAUAAGAUAGGCGGGAUGAGGCGCGGGCGUUUAUAAGGCGCCGCCCCGCCACGCUCGCCGUACAUUUCGCUGAAGCUUUGAAGUGUUGUGUGGACCUCGCACCGCCCGGCUAUCGGUCAGAAUGGCGUCAGAUGAGGGAAAACUCUUUGUCGGCGGGCUCAGUUUCGACACUAAUGAGCAGUCAUUGGAGCAAGUCUUCUCUAAAUACGGACAGAUUUCUGAAGUCGUGGUGGUGAAAGACAGAGAGACUCAGAGAUCCAGAGGUUUUGGCUUUGUUACUUUUGAAAAUAUCGAUGAUGCAAAAGAUGCGAUGAUGGCCAUGAACGGAAAGUCUGUAGAUGGGCGUCAGAUCCGAGUUGACCAGGCUGGGAAGUCCUCAGAGAACAGAUCCCGUGGCUACAGAGGGGGGUCCUCGGGGGGCCGGGGCUUCUUCCGCGGGGGCCGAGGCCGGGGCCGUGGCUUCUCCAGAGGAGGUGGAGACAGAGGCUAUGGCGGCAGCAGAUUUGAUUCCAGAAGCGGAGGCUAUAACGGCUCCAGAGACUACUAUAAUAGCAGGAGUCAAGGUGGCUAUGGAGACAGAAACUCAGGAGGCUCCUACAGAGACAGCUACGACAGUUACGGUAAGUCGUGCUUCGAGCGGGAGCGCUGAGUCCGUGUGCUGUAGGAGCUCUGAACCUGCUGAGCCCGAGCCUGCAGCUGGGGCAGGCUCAGGCUGUGGACGUGUGGUGGUGCCGGGAGAUUCUAAUUUAAUGCAUGUGCAGGAGUUGCUCGGAUCUAAGGCAAAGCAAGUGUUUUUUAAAAAAAAAAAAAAAAAAAGAAAAGGUGUUCCUGGAGCCCAAACUCGGCUGCCCUAACGCACUGACCCGCGGGUGGGGGAUCUCAGUAGCCAAGUAGCCGUAGCCUUGGAAUAAUGCAAAGGGAGUAAAAUGCUGGAACUUGUCUUUGCUUCAGUGCCUUUACAAUUGUGCCUGCUUCUUGUCCUCAGCUACACACAACGAGUAAAAAUCCUUCCUGACUCAAGAUCGUCCUUCCAAUGGCUGUAUUUAUAAAGAUUUUUGGAGCUUCGCUGAAAUGGUUAUUGUGUAGUACAUCUACUUGUAUUUUCACUUUUGUAGUAUUAUCAGUUCUGAUCUUGUCAUACACAGCCUGGCAGCUUCUGAGACAAGACUGUCUGAUUAGACUGUCUUGGAGAAAGCUCUGCUUUCAAGUGGUUUUAAUCUUUUUUGAAAGCACUUCAGAUUUUAUUUUAUCCUCCAUGAAUGAGCCAAGGUGUUCGUUUUUGGUUGUUUUUUUUUUUAAGUUGGGGCCCCAAUUCAGUUUCUUUUGAGCUAGCAAGGACCUUGUACCAAUGUUCACUAGAAGCUGAACAAGCUGUGGACUUUUUUUCUUCCUUUUUUUUUUUUUUCAAGUGCAUUACCUUCGUCUUUUGUAACAUUCCUUUAGUGUAGCAAGGUAGGAAUGCAGCUUGGGUUCCGUUGGAAGGCAAACCACCUUGAUAUAUCUAAAGAGAAACGUGCUUGUAUGUUCAACCCGCAUAACGGUAUUUUUACUGUUGUAAUGAUGUAAAUGACCCAAAACUAGACUUGCAAACCAUAAAGAGGUUCUUGAAAAUGUUUAUUUAUAUUGUCCUUUUUUACUGGAAGAAAUAUGCAUAUUCCAUUGCUGUUGUAUUUGAAGUGGUAAAGGAUUCCUGUAUACAGUUUUCUUUGGCUUUACGAAGCCUAUUAAAAGACCGUCUGAAAUGAA